GCGGGCUCCGGAGCCUUCCUGCGCGGCGUUAGCCGGCGGAUUGGCCCGGACGCAAAUAAAGGCUCCUCAGGAGAAGCCGAGGCCACUGAGGAGUCGUUACGACCUAUAACUUGAGGACCACGGAACUACUACUCCCGUUUGCCUUUGGCGAUCAUCUUUAACCCCCCGGAGUACGUCAGCAUCCAGCUACAGCUGCGCUCUCCCAGCAGCGGAGGACUCAGGACUACCCCUUCGGGCGUGACGGAUGGAGACCGAGCCUCUCGGAGGACCUUCCCCUGCAGUUCUGGCUCGCGCGGCUCAAGUCACCACCGUGAACAAGGGACCCUAAAGAAUGGCCGAACCUUGGGGGAACGAGUUGGCGUCCGCAGCUGCCAGGGGGGACGUAGAACAACUUACUAGUUUGUUGCAAAAUAAUGUAAACGUCAAUGCACAAAAUGGAUUUGGAAGGACUGCGCUGCAGGUUAUGAAACUUGGAAAUCCCGAGAUUGCCAGGAGACUACUGCUUAGAGGUGCUAAUCCCAAUUUGAAAGACGGAACUGGUUUCGCUGUCAUUCACGAUGCUGCCAGAGCAGGUUUCCUGGACACUUUACAGACUUUGCUGGAGUUUCAAGCUGAUGUUAACAUCGAGGAUAAUGAAGGGAACCUGCCCUUGCACUUGGCUGCCAAAGAAGGCCACCUCCCGGUGGUUGAGUUCCUUGUGAAGCACACCGCCAGCAAAGUGGGGCAUCGGAACCAUAAAGGGUACACCGCCUGCGACUUGGCCAGGCUCUACCGGAGGAACGAGGUCGUUAGCCUGAUGGAGGGAAACCCGGCGGAGGGAGCUGAGAAUCUACAAUGAAUGUGGGGAGGAGUCUCCCACACUGCCUCCUAUUUUGUCAGUUAAAUGGGUGGUUGUCCAAUUUUAAUGGCAUUUGUUAAAAUUCGGUUUUGUCAUAUUUUAAGCAGUUUUUAAAAUCUUCUGAAACUGCUAAAUCUUACAAGUUAAUGAAUAUAUUUAAGCAACAUCCUUUCCGCCUUUAAAAUCUUAAGUCCUAACAUGUAAUUGCAGAUAGCUUUGUCUUAUUAUUUUAUCUUUCCUGGACUUUUUCCUUGCUUCUCCCUUUGCUAGUCUCAAUACCCAACUUGGAGACUUUGUUUUAAAAAUGGGUUGUCUUGAUGAUGCUUUUGCCUAAUUAAAACACUUUUUCAGAACAGGACAAUGUUUUUCUGUGAUUUCCACUUC